ACCCGCGAAAAAGGAAGAUUACUUAAAUGUUGAUUGGGCUCCCAAUCAAAAUUUGGGACGCUAUGCAAAGAACCAAAAUGUUUGGAAGUACUACCUUGCUUCCAAAAGUCGUAAUGGGAAACCUCGCCUGAACAACACUACAUCUAAUGGUCAAGAGACCAUGUCGUCGAGUCUACCCGAAAAAUCGGUUUCACAUCUGCUCUCAACAUAUGACGUAGCCCCGGGCACACUUACAUUAACUCUAAACAGCAGCCAAUCAAAUGCCAAGUCACCAGUGGGAGCGAAUACUCUGAACUCACUUGUGCCUGUGCCUGAAAAGAAAAGAAAAAGAAUUGAAAUUAUCGAACAGAAAUUUUUUUUUCCAAUGGAGAUCCAGACUGAACUGACAAUGACCGAUAUAAGUUAUCUGUUCCAGCAAUAUCAAGGUUUAGUUCAAGACAGAGAAAAGAUGCUGUUGCAGAUCUCAAAUUUGAAAUUGGAUUACGACUACUUCCGAGGUAACGAUAAAAAGACUUUGUUUUACACUGGGCUGCCUACUUGGAAGUUGUUAAAUCAUUUAUUUAAGUGGGUUGAGCCGUUUUUGCCAGAGCAUGGAAAUGCGAAACUGUCUCCUUUUCAAAUGUUUGUUUUAACGUUGAUGAAGCUUCGACUCAAUCUUCUCUUUACGGACCUAGCUUACAGAUUCGAAAUUCAAGUAAGCACGGCCUCAAACUAUUUCCAUCGAUGCAUAUACAUUUUAUACAAAAAGUUUUUCGGUUCUAAGUUAAUUUUCUGGCCUGAUGAUCAAUAUUUGAUUAUAAACACCCCGAGCUAUUUUCGAAGUCAUUUAAAGGAUAAAAUUACAGUUGUUGUCGACUGUUUCGAACUUUUCAUUGAGAGAUCAUCAGUUUUGCGUGCACUAGCACAGGCUUGGUCCACCUAUAAACACCAUGUUACCAUCAAAUUUUUAAUUGGCAUAAGCAUGUCAGGCGCAAUCAUUUUCAUAUCGCCAGCAUUUGGGGGUAGAGCUAGCGAUAAAGAGAUUACCCUUAAAAGUGGUUUCCUUAACUUUCUUAAAAAAAAUAAUCUCGUGUUGGCCGACAAGGGAUUUCUUGUUGAAGAAGAAAUCAAAAAGACCGGGGCUUCUCUACGUAUGCCUUGCUUUGUCAAAAAUGUUAAACAAUUGGCCCCGACGGACGUUGAGCACACAAGAGAAACUGCUAACUUGAGAAUUCAUGUGGAAAGACUUAUUUCGGUCCUUCGACAAAAAUUCAAUAUUUGCUCAGAUUUGGCUCCUAUGUCAGCCAUAUCGAAGAAAAACGAUUAUUAUAAUAACGACCUCUACGAUAAAAUUGUAUACAUUUGUUGUUGUUUAGUCAAUUUGUGUCCUCCGACCAUUGUUAAUAACUUUGAAAUGUAAAUACAUGUUAA